UAUUUUCCUAAUCUUAACAGCUGGUAAGUGAUAAUUGUCACACUGCGAAAACCGCAGAUUCCCCCUUUUUUACUGCUCUUCGCCCAUGCGCCUUCUCUGCUGAGCUGCACUUGACCCAGGUCAAUUGAAGCAUAUAACAAACACGGGCUCACACACACAGACAACCAAUAAGUGGUCCUGCCAAACGCGGCAUGCGGCUCGGUCCGCAUUAGCGCAAGUGGGUGGUAGUAUAUAAAAAGUUGCUUUGGAAAUGUUUUAUUUUGUCAUUCUCUCUCCAAGCUUUUUUCUCUCAAACCCUUUCCUUCAUGGGUUUUGCAUACUUUGCUCAAUGCUAAUAAUCUCUAGAAUGCCCUUUGGCCAUUCACGUUAUUCUAUUGCAUCUCUUCCUUUUAAACUAGCUUCUCUGGCGGCAACCUAAGGA